AUGUCGGACAAGUGCGGAACCUGCGACUGUGCUGACAAAACCCAGUGCGUGAAGAAGGGAACCAGCUACACCUUCAACAUGGUCGAGGAGACUCAGGAGAGCUACAAGGAGGCCAUGAUCAUGGAAGUUGGUGCAGAAGAGAACGGAUGCAAGUGCAAGUGUGGCUCUACCUGCAGCUGCGUCAACUGCACCUGUUGCCCCAACUAA